CAGCGAUCUAUGCUGGGUUUCCCUGGUAUUCCAGGAUCAAAUGGUUUGCCGGGAGUGCCGGGCGUUCCGGGGCCACACGGACCCCAGGGAAGGGAAGGUGUAAAAGGACAAAUUGGUGAUAAAGGAUCACAAGGAAUGCCGGGUCCAAGAGGAGACAGAGGGCGCGAAGGGCCCCCUGGGAAGAGUGGACCCCGAGGAACAAAGGGAAUGAAAGGUCAACAGGGACUUCUGGGAAUGAAAGGACAGCGAGGCAUUGUGGGAAAUUCAGGAAGAAAAGCAGACAAAGGAGAGAAAGGAAAAAGCGCCAAAGCAAGUCAAGCCAGUGUAGUACCACAAACCAACUGGAAACAAUGUGUCUGGGAAUCAGAGAGCGGUACUGAUAACGGAAAGAUUAAGGUAAUUAGAAAAAGAAUCAUAACAAACUCCAAAGGAAAGUAAUUCCUCUCUAAAUCAAAAUAUUUCAAAGAGGAACGUCUCCCUUCUCACUCACCGUUUGCUAACACAUUACAUAAAUAACUUAGUUACAUUUCUCUCUACUUUGGAAAAGGAAAACCAUCGUGCGUGAUGAAAUGAUUCCUGGUCAUGUGGAUAAGGACAACAAAAAAUGAAGCUCUUACGGAGUUUUUUUCGAAAUAAGGAAGUAAUCUUGACUGGAGUUGUUCGUAUCAAUCAUCACACGCGGUUGCUUGCCUUACUACAAUAUGUUUGAUUUGUUUGAUUUUAUUCCAGGACUGUGCGUUUAACAAACUGCAGUCUAAUUCAGCGCUCAGAGUC